AAAUGAAUAUCUUCCAAACAAAAAUUUACUAAUUAAUGUAUUUGGUCGUAAAAAAAAACACGUAAACUAUACUUUACCAAUGACAUUUAUUAUUUGUAAUAAAUAAUGUACGCACUUUUAAAUGUUUCUGUUAUUUAAACAGAUUAAAUUUAAAAAAUACCAAAACUUUGUAAAUUAUUUUUAACGAGUUUCUUGCCUGGUCACACUGCAGUGUGCCCAAAUUAUUUUCCUAGAUUUCUUAGGACAUUCUUGUCUUGCGGUUUUUAAGACCAUAUCUCCGUUUGGGGACACUGCCACACUGUCGCGACCGACGAAAUUAUGCGUACGCUCCGCUUUUUUUUAUUUAUUUUUUCGUAAUCCAAACGCCCUGCCGCCUAUUGAAAUAAAAUGAAAAAUCGCACAAAGCCGGAAAAGAAUAGUUAAUUAUUUGUGUAUAUUGUGCGUGCAAACGAAAGCGAAAAUUAAAAUGAAAUUACAGGCGACGCCGAAAUAAAAAACAAAAAAAAACGUUGCAGCAACAACGUGCGUGCGAGUGUUAGUGUGUGUGUGUUGGUAUAUGUAAAGAGCAAAGAGAGCGAGUGAGAGGCAGAUAGAAGGCAAAAGAAAAAGAAGCAGCACCAGAAAAGAGAACUAAGAAAGCAGCCGCUUCAAAAGCCAGAACUUUGAAAAGUCGAAGCUGAAUUUUCCCCCCGAAUUUUCCCGAUUUUCCGUUUCCCGCGAAUCUGAAAGCCGCGCUGCCGGCGUCGCUGCCUUUGCUGCCGUCGACGUCGACGACGCUGUCGCCGAUCCCGUUUCACGCGUCGCCGCUUCGUCUCGCCGUCUCGCUCGUUUCCCGCCCCCCUCUCUCUCUGCCCCGCCCCCGCCACUCCCUCCCCACCUGAAACGAAAUAUAAAAAAAUUACGAAAAACACACACACACAGAGAGAGAGAGAGUGAGAUAGAUAGAGAGAAAGCCAAGCCAAGAAACGUCAUCAAGCGGCAACAGCAACAACAACAAGCUAGCAACAUCAUCAGCGGCAACAACAGCAAAACGCAUUUCAUUGCCAAGAAAAAAAACGGUCAACGACAUUGCAACAACGGCAAAAGAAACAGCAACAACAGCAGCAGCAACAACUACAUCAUUGCAACAUUGGCGAAGAGCAACAACAACAAAACAGCAAUAACGAGAGACUGCAACCACAACAACAACAGUAACACUUAACAGCAACAACAAAAUUAAAUAGGAAAAUAGGAAAAUGCCCAAAUGCGAUGUGAAAACGCGCUACAUUCCUGCGACUUUCGCCUGGAUUGUGCUGCUUUUGACCACAUUUCUCUUCUUCUUUUACCCCUGCCAGUACUAUGUAAAGAGUCAUCCAUGGGUGCUGGCCUACCAGGGCGUGAUCACAUUCUUCGUGCUGGCCAACUUCACGCUGGCCACGUUCAUGGACCCGGGCAUCAUCCCCAAAGCCUCGCCCGACGAAGACUGCGAGGAAGAACUGCGCGCCCCGCUCUACAAGAAUGCCGAGAUCAACGGCAUCACCGUGAAGAUGAAGUGGUGCGUCACCUGUAAGUUCUACCGCCCGCCACGCUGUUCCCACUGCUCUGUCUGCAAUCACUGCAUAGAGACCUUCGAUCAUCAUUGUCCGUGGGUCAACAACUGCAUCGGCCGGCGGAACUACAGAUUCUUUUUCUUCUUCCUCGUCUCACUGUCCAUUCACAUGCUGAGCAUCUUCUCGCUGUGCCUGGUCUAUGUGCUGAAGAUAAUGCCCAACAUCAAGGACACGGCGCCCAUUGUCGCCAUGAUCCUGAUGGGCCUCGUUACCAUUCUGGCCAUACCCAUUUUCGGUUUGACCGGCUUCCACAUGGUCCUGGUGUCAAGGGGUCGAACGACCAACGAACAGGUCACGGGAAAGUUCAAGGGCGGCUACAAUCCGUUCUCGCGUGGCUGCUGGCACAACUGCUGCUACACACAGUUCGGACCUCAGUAUCCCAGCUUACUGAAUCCAAAGAAGUACGCCUCGCGGCGAUCGCAGGUGCAGAAUCAGGCGAUCAGUACCAUUUGCAACGACCGAAGCGGCCAGCAGACGGGCGCCGGGGGCGGGGCUGGCGGCAAUGGUACAGCUGCAGCGGCCGGCGGCGGUGGAGCUGGCGGCGGGGGAGGCGGGGGCGGUAUGCGCGGCACUGCGGUGCAGUACUCACCACGCUCCUUCUACGACGCAAGUCGCGAGAAGCGGGGAAUUCAGGUAAAGACUUAUAUGGCCGAGGGCAAUGGUUAUAAUCAACGGUCGGGCAGCACAACGCUUUACAGUAAGCUUUCACCUGGACGAGAGUGCUCCGACACCGACUUGGAGCCACCGCCUGCCUCCCAAAGUCAGGACUGCGAACCGACGCCGCCACUGCAGCGGCAUAAUUCAACCAGUUUCUACCUGCCGCAGGUGAGCGACACUGGCGGUCUGAAUGGCAGCGUAUCCACAGGCGGCGGUGGAGGAGGAGGCGGCGGGGAUUCACCGCGCCACAUGCGUCUCUAUCAUCCGCGUCACAGUCCGCACGCAAGGCCCAGGGGCCUGGAUCCACAGCGGGGCUAUACGAGUGACGCCCUAUCGCCGGACCAUCCCGUUGGCUAUGGCGUCGGCGUCGGUGUCAAUGGGCCGCAGCAGCAGCAACAGCAGGCACUGGCGGCGGCAGCAGCAGCGGCGGCGGUGGCAGCACAAAAUCAACGCAGCGCGACGACCACGGCCACGCCCACAAUGCAGCAGCGGAUCAAGCCGCUGGGCGUGGCUACGCCCCUCGUGAUGGCGAGUCCAGUGCGAAGAUCUAACCCAGGCACGCCUACUCAGCCCAGACGCCCCGAUUUCAUCGGACUGAACGCUCAGGCGGUGGCGCAGCAGCAGCAGCAACAACAACAGGCAGCGGCGGCGGCAGCAGCAGCGGCCUAUUACGAGUACACCACCGGUCUGCCGCCUCAGCAUCCACAGGCGCCCAGCAUCCAGCAGCAGCAGCAGCAACUGCUUCUCCAGCAGCAGCGCGUCCUCAUGCAGCACCAACAACAGCAGCAAGCUCUGCAACAGCAGCAGGCGGCGGUUCAUGCGGCGCAUCCGCAGCAUGCCGCUCUAGCGCAGGCGGCCUACGGCGGUAGUCCACAGAGGCGUUUCCUCUCCGAGGGCGAACUGGUGCGCCAGGGUGCCGGAGGUGGUGUGGCUGGCGGCGAGCUGUCCUACGCGAGGUCCAACAACACGGUGGAUAACAUACGAGAACUGGCCGGCAGUCCGCAGCGCGGUGUUUAUAUGUGGAAGGACACGUCCCCGGGAUUCACAAGCUCCGCUGGACAACAGCAGCAGCAGGCACAGCAGGUAGUCAGCAGUGGGAUUGGCAGUAGUGCGGGCACGCUGGCCAGCAGUGGAGCAUCCGCUGGAGUGAUGCCGCACGCCCAGUACAUGACGGCGGGCGGAGGAGCCCAUCCGCUAAUCAUGACGCACUCGCGACUCCAGGAUUAUGCUAUCCAGCAGCAGCAGCAGCAACAACAACAACAGGCGGCGGCAGCGGCAGCGGCAUCAUAUCAUCGCUCCAAUCCGACGAGUCCCACCACAAUGCCACAAGUGUCCGGAGCUGGCCAGAACUAUAUUCUGCGCUAUGGAGGAGGAGGAGCGGCUGGUGCAGCCGGCAGCAGUGGCAGUUUGGCCAGCGUGACGGCCAGUAAUCCUGCCACCGUAGGCGGUGGCUAUCAGCCGGCCCUACGCGGUGGAGUUGCUGUAUUUCCACCCAAUCCAUUGGGAAAUGCAGGCGGGGGCAAUUUGCAGACGCAGCCCUCGCCACAGAUUAAGAGAAAGCAGACGCCUACGCGCCCGAUGAGCUUUGUGCGUGCCCUGGAGAUGACCGACUCCAUGGAGAUGCAGUCGCUGGAACAGCAGCAGAACGGUGGAAUCCCCGGCAGCGGAUCAGUGGGUAACAAUCAACAGGCAGGCGGUGGCGGUGGCAGCGGUCAUCUGAUGCAGAACAACGCCUCCAAUUCGGGCACUCCGGAUAGAGCCAGCAUCUACGACAUGAACUACGAGAUCUCCGUAUAACCCGUGGUGGUGCCCGUGCUCCUGAUGCCACCCGCCAGCCAAGCUCCGGGGACAGCAGUCGCUGCUCCAGCUGCUGCAGUUGCUCCAGUUGCCAUCGCCGCUCCACAGCCGCAUGGGCAGUUUUACAAUGCCCAACUAGAGCCGGCUGCUUAUGCCUGCGUUCCUGUCCUACCCUUGAAACCGAUAGGCAAUGGAAUAGGAACCAAUAGCCAUCAGCACCACCAACAACAUCAUCACCAGCAGCAGCAUCACCAGCAGCAACAACAUCAACAGCAACAGCAUCACCAACAUCCGCACCAGAAUAUCCACAAUCAGAACCAGAACAAACGCAAAUUUUCAACCUUUUUCUAGGAACAACAACUAGACCGACUUUUUUUUAACCCAAUGAUUUGAGAGAGCAUCUAAAGGUGUAUCUAAAUAGAGCUAUUUACACCAGAUGUGUGUGUAUAUAAGUUGCACUGCUGUUGUAGCUAUGCUAAAUCUUAAGUAAUUUUAUUAUGUAAUUUUUAUGCUUUGUUUUUAUGAUUAUUUUUUAAUGCACUUUGGAAGACGUUUUACAUGAUCGGAUUUCAAAACAAAUUAUUUAUACUUUUAACGUUUUUUUAUACAUAUAUAUGAUCGAAAAACGAGAAAAUAGAGUGGAGUUGAAGAGAAUAUGAGAUAAACUAAAACGAGCAAGUGGGAAAAUACAGUGCGUUACAUGGUUAUAGAACAGUAAGAACGCAUUGUAUUCGCCCUGCCGAUCUGCUAUAUCUAUUAUACAUACAUAUAGUACACACAUAUAUGGAAACCUUUUGCAAUCAACUUGAAAAUCGCCAAAAUUUGUACGUCUUUGUGUGUAUGUGUGUGGCUGUCUGUGCGUCUGUCUGUGUCUGCAUGUGUGUGUUUAACAUUAGUCUUUAUAAAUUUAUAUCUAUUUAUGCCAUAUAAUGUAUAUAGGAUAUGCUACGUCAGGGCCCAGGUGCAGAGAACUUUGUCAUUUGUGUAUAUAGAUAAAGAAGAAGGGAGGGAGAAGGAGGAGGAACCGAUUUGUGCUUAGAAUACAGAGAUUAUAUAGCGUGCUGGCGAAUUUAGAGGAUCCAGAGAGUCGAAGAUCUUUGCUACGGGUUGUGUGCGAAGCAGCUCCUAAUCUAUCAUAAUCUGUAAAUAGAAACCCGUUUUGUAAGAACUACCUCCCUCCUCUCCAUUCCGCAGACCAGUGAAGCGAAAGGUUUACUUUCUGGCCCAGUAUAGUGCGUUUCGUGGCCGUAUAGCUAUAGUCCUUAUUCCUUUAUUCAACAAUCUAAGGUUUCAUUCGAAGUCAUUCUAUAAGUUCAAACCACUUAAUUUUUUACUCAGGAUAAUGAUUAGAAGGAAAUGGCAUUUUCACUUUCACAAAUCACUGAUUACAGCAACGAAACGCACUGUCCUCCGCCGGUUAUUAAACGCCCCAGAUGGGAAUUAUAUGUAUUUUUUUUUCCUCAUUUAACUAGAAUUUGUAAGAGAGAGAGCCCUAAUCUGGAACCGCGAUUUUCGGCCCGUGUAACUUGAAUGUCGUCCAAUUCAAAUCAAUUUUGAUUUUCCUGUACAUAAGUGUAAUAACGCAUGAUAAUUCUUCGGUUCGAGACUACCAACUACCAACUACCGACUACGUACGCCUGCUUGCCUACAUAGGCCCCAACUUUGUUGUUAUGUUUUUAAGUGAACUUAGCUUUUAUACCGAUCCCCAAGUGUGUGUGUUCUUAGACCAAUUCAAAGGCAUGUUUCGUUUUAGUUCGAUUUCUUGGCCCGUUUCGUUUAUGCAAAAUGCAAAUGGCAAAUUUCUAUAGCGAUAAUAUCUGUAAGAAAGUUAGCUAUAUACACGACACUCACGCGAUCGAUCGAGAGAAUUAUACAUGUGUAAGGCGAUCCGAUCAAUCCCGAAUCCGACCCUCUUCCCUGUCCCAUAGAUCAUGAGAAUUUGCAAGGAUCAAAACUUGUAUAGACUAUGCAGUAAGGUGUGCGACAUAAGUUUCUGGGACACUCUCAAAUUCGAUUUCUUCCGUUUUUAAUUAGCAUUUCAAAAAUUAUAUAAAUUAUAUAGACUUCCAGUUGCAGAGAUUUUAGUACAGAUUAUUCGCUGUCCCAGCCCAGCUGUUUCGCAUACCUUAUAUUACGGAUCAAGAGUAUAUAUUAUACACACGUAUAUUUAAGCGUUUUUUGCUAACACAUUAAUUCAUGAAUUUGCAACAAUAUUUAAUAUAAAUACAGAAAUGCAUAUACAAACAACAAAAAAAAAAAGGACAAAAACAAAACAAAAAUGGAGAGAAAUAAACGUGUAAUGUAAAAUGUAACGAGAGAAAAACGAGAAGAAAUUGUUUUAGAUUUUUAUACCAAAUUUAAUUAAUGUAAAACCACGAAUUGUUUAUUUUUUUGUAUUCCCCGUAACCCCCGCCAGAAUGAGAGAAACCCCUGCCAGAGAAGUCCUCGAGUUCUAAAUUGUUUUUUUUUUUGUAUUGAAUACUUAUGUAAUUUGUAAAUUAUAUGACAAGUAAUCAAAUAGCAAGCAUAAACAGCAAGGCAAUUAAUAAACAAUACAAAUAAAAAUGCAAAA